UCUAUUACAGAUAAUAGUGAAGUUGAGAACUUGAUAGAAGAAAAGAUAGUAGAGUUUUUGCAUAACACAAGUCAAUUAAAGCAAGGAAAGCUGGCAGUUUUAUUUUAUGAAAAGAAAUUAAAAAAGAACUGGUUUCAAUUUUCUAAAUCUGAAGAACAUGUGUGUUGGGAACAAUGGAUCAUCACAUUAAACAUGAUUCCUACACCUGUUUCAGAACAAGAAAAAAUCAAAUUAAACAAAUCAAUCGAACAUCAAUUUAUACAAUGCUUGUUGAAAAUAUUAAAUAUGGUUAAUGAAUAUAAAGAACAUAUACCUUCUAUUACAACGACUGAAGGUAAUCCAUUUCCUUAUCAGAUUGUAGUUCAAUCCCAAAUUGAAAGCUGGAAUUCUAUAUUAAAAAGAUUAACUACUGUAACGGGCGCACCAAUAACACUGGAAAGGUCAGCAAGUAGCCCAGUUGUCACGACUACCUCCUCUACGUCAAAAAAUAAUUCGGUAAAGAAUAUUUGAUAGUCUCUCUUUUUUUUUUUAUUUUAUUUAUAACAACCAAUUCUGUAAUAAUAUAAAUAUAAAGGUUUAAAAUUCUAAAUAAAUUAUUUAGCAAUUUCAACACCACCAGUAGCUCC